CCAAAUUCUUACCAACAAACGUUGUUCGUUGCGCCGCGCUCGCGACAAGUUAUAAAACUUCGCCGGGUUAAUGUUUUCUUAUCUCCCUAGUUGCGAACGAGCUUAUAUUUAUCCCGUAAAAACCCCCUAUGUUUGUAUCGACCGUACCUCCAUACAAACAAAUCGUAACGAAGAACUAAAAUCAGUAUGAAAAGAAUCUUUACCGAGUUAUAUAUCAGUUCACGUGGACCGUUUUCGAAAAACCAGAAUUAAAGGACUCCAGAUCGCAUUUCGAAAAGACAGGGUUGGUUUUUGAUGGUUGAUUUAGUGUUGUGUAGGAUUUGAACGGGUCGAUAUUAAAGUCGACCAUGAAGUACCAUACGCUGGGGUCGAGUAACGUCGCCAAUGAAGGAAGAAAGGCCACUUUUACGAUUUAUGCAGAUAUGGACAUAUCUCAGACUAAGAUGGCGUACACCGAAGAUGACAUGAAGACCGUAAGAGAAGAAUUAGAAAAUGUUCAGAAAGCCUUAACACUCCAAACGAAACGAUGCCGACAAUUGGUUUCCGAAUACACCAGGAAGUUGCAGAAGAAGGAACAGCUAUAUCAAAACGAAAAAAUGCUACGUGACACGCAACUGGCCAAAGUACUCAAGGCGCUGUUAAUAUUCGAGGCUCGCCUGAAGCAGGAACAGAAAUUCAUUACUCAUCAGCUGAACGAAAAGGAUUACAUAAUUAAAACGCAAAGUAACGAAAUUAAAAAACUUCUGGCAAGUCAGUAUUGCAAAAACUGCAAUCAGUAUUAUUCAACAUCCCCGGCAACGCUAGAAAGCUUUAACAGUAGUUCGGAAUACGGUGCCACCGAACACGAUUAUCAAUCGUCAAAUUUUGAGUCACUAGAUAGCAGUAGCGAAACGUAUGCGACAUUAUCCGAACGUGGCUAUCCUAAGUCAGAAAACGAAGAAGAAAUAAAAGAAAAAAAUGUAUUUCAAAAACACAAAAACAACGAACAAGGACCAAAGAAAAACAACCCUUAUCGAAAAAAUGUGGCAACCUAUUUUGAAGUGCUCAAACUUCGAAACGAUACCCCCUUAUCCAAUGAAGACAACACCAGUGCGGAUUACGAUAACUUAGAAUCCCUACCACCAGAAAGUGUCAGUGAUAAAAUCAGUGUUGUAUCCGAAAAUAUCAAAAAUAUAUUUAACAGAGUUUCGCAAACAAAGAGCACUGCUUCUGAAUCCAGCCUAAACGUGACUUCAUCGGAGUGCGGUAAAACAGUGAUUAACACGAAAUUAGAACUAAACCCAAACAUUACAAGAGUCCACGAAAAUGACAAAGAAAAAAUAAUAUCUACUGAAUCAGAUAAUCGAGAAACCAAAAGAGAAUAUACUGAAAACAAACUUACUGAGACGAUUCCUGUUUUCGAGGGUAAUGGAGAUUCAAACGAUAACUGGUAUGCUAGUGCAAGUGAUCAGGAAGAUGAGGAACAAAGGGAUGUUUAUAGAAAUAACCCUGUUUUGGAGUGCAUGAAUCAAAUUUUGUUGCAAAACAUAAACGACAUAAAUUCUCCUCCUAAAACACCCAAUAUUGAAAGGAAAACAAAUAAUAAAAGGGUUAAAUUUAGCGACGAAGAAGUUACAAACGUUGAAGUAGAAAGAGCAGACAGUCAGCAGGAUUAUUAUGAAACACCCAUUCAAAAAACUCCCAAUUUCUACGAAACUCCCCAAAGUAUUUACAGCAAUGACUACGAACAAAUAUUAAGUAAAUGUAAUGAAUCUUUUACAGAAACUACAAAACCAGAAAUCGUGCCUAGAAAGAACAUCGACUCUAAAUCCAGCUCUAAUUAUAUCGAAAUGGAAAACGUACCAGAUAAAGAAGGUCCUGAUGGUACCACCAACGGAAUAGUAAGAAAAAGUAAAAUUUUAAGGACACCUCCAGCACUACCACCUAAACCACCAAAUUUAGUUUCUAAAUACAAAAUCCAGUCCAUUCCUAAACAACAACCACCCAGUGAGAAUGGUAGUUCUGUGGAUCUAGAGCCUGAUUACUGCUCUAUUUCUGAACUGAAUUUGCCCCAGGGUAAAAAUGUAUCUGUCAAAAAAAUUAGCGUGGUUGCGGACGUACAUUCACCUACAUCAUUGGAUGUUAUCAAUAAAAUGAAUGUACCUUUACCUGCUGAGAGACACGCUAAAAAAAUAGAUGAUGUCAAUUCGAAAACUAUCCAAAAAGAGGAUAACAAUGCACCUAAUUUAUUAGUUAAAAAGUGUGUUGAGAAUCUUAAUAUUCAAUUAGCUAAACACACAUCAGUAAGACCGGAGACUAUUGUCCAUCAUUCACCUAAGAAGAAAAUAGAAAUUGAGAUUCCUAAACUUCCUCAAGUAUCAGAAAUAAUAAUCCCUGAUGACCCCGAAGAAAAGGAGAACGAAAGAAUUGCUCAGGACAAUUACAUCAAAAACAACACCCAAGUAUUAAAGUCCAAAAAGCCAAGUGAUCACAGAAGACCAAUUGUUAUGGGGUCUACAGUCUCGAGCUUGAUAAGCAGUUUCAAUAAUCACCAAAUCUUGAAUGAAAUCAAAAAGAAACAUGAGCGACCCAAAUCUGAUUCUAUCAAAGUGUUUUCCAGUUUUGAUAAUCUUCAAGACUUGGAUAAGCAGCACCGGCACACCAAUGAAAAGUCUCCAGAUGUUUCUUCGUUUCAAAACUUCGACCUUAGUCAAAACUUUGAGGAAUUCAAGUUGGAUGAUUGUGAAAUAGAGGAGUACGAUGUAGAGCAAGAGUUGAAUCGUGAGGAUACAGCACAAAGUGAUGAAAAACACAGUGGUAAUUUUAAAAUUCUUGAGAAACCUCCUCCCAAGCCAGAACGAAAGAAUCCAUCGAACAGAGUUGAUUUAAUAAGAGCUAUAAAAGACAAGCCUUCUGUAAAUUUAGAACCCAGCUCUAUAGAGCUUUUAAAAAAUCAAUUAAAGCUGCAGAAAAUUCAAAAUGCACAGAAAAAAUCCAACAAGGAAUCUUCGAAGAAUUGCAACGCUGAACCUACCUAUGAACAUUUCUUGGAGUGUACAGGUUUAAGCUCAAAAUCCAUUAUGACCACUUCGAGGUUGCUCAGUAAUCAUAAACAUAUGUUAAAACCUAAAGAUGUAAAGUUGCGGUCUAAAAGUAAAGUUAGUAGCGGUAUUUUCGAAAAAUCCAACGGUAAAACUGUCAAAUACUGGUCAGAACCGUUUGUGUAGUAAUAAUAUGAUGUAAUUUAAUUUUAAAGUAAUUUUUUGAAAAUUCAGAGUGCUAUAAUAUAGUCUACUGUACAAAUGGUGUUAAAAUAUAUUCGUCAAAUCUGUAUAGGUAGAAUAAGGGAGUACAAGAUAAGUAAAAUGUAUAACACUAUCCAAGAUUAAAGCAUUAAUUUUAAUUCUUUUGAAUGACUAAUGUUUCAAAAAGAAUUUUCCUGUAUUUUUUAGUAUAACUUAUUCACACAUAAAUAGAUGUUUAAUCCCAUUUUUAAGGGUUUCUGGACAAUUUUAAAUAUUUAAUACUUUUUGUUAUUUUCCAUACUUUUCAUAUUACAUACCUAUGUUUUUUUUUUUCAAGUAUCUGUUAUAGUCUUAAGUAUUGUUAUAGUUUAUUAAUGGUUCCUAUAUUAACAUAUAAAACGAACAUUAUUGAUUGUAAUUUUAUUGUAUUUUUUAUUAUCAAAUUAAGCUUUAUUUAGUUUUCUUAUUUAACACGAAUUAGGUGUAAUAAUGAGUGUAUUAGUUAUUUAUAUAAAAUUAACUGUAAUUUCUGUAAAUAUAGUGAGUGUGUUAUAGUUAGAGGUCGAAAAGUCUAAAUUAUGUAAUUAAUUUACUUUUAUUAAAUAUGUGUAUGUUUUGUUUUCCUUCUUUUGGUUGUUAAGUCUUUCAAAAUACAAAAUGUUUUUAAAUUUGUUUUAAAUAAAUGCUAUUUAUUU